AGACACCCUGAGCCAAUAGGCUGGUCCUGGACUUAUUUCAUAAUUUACUGGCAUAAUUUACACAUUACUAUUUAACUAUUUAUAGUUCUAUUAUUAUUUAUGGCGCAACUGUAACGAAAACCAAUAUCCCCCGGGAUCAAUAAAGUAUGACUAUACUAUACUAAGGUCUCCCCAGAACCCCGCUGGCACCUGUUUAAUUCAUUUGUUCAGGUAUUGUUACAACAAAUUUUCUGUGAGGCUGGGGACCGGGACCGCCGUUGCGGCAGUGGGAGAGAAGAGCGUGAACGAAGCUGAGCAAACGGUAGAAGUGUGCGGACAGCUGAUGCUGGGAAUAGCCGGUACAGUCGGUCGGACAGCCAACGCAGGACAGCAGGCUGCUCGCAGUCCGGUUCGGAAGGCCCCUGAGUCAUGUGAUCUCCCGUCAGGCUGCGAAAUGGCUGGGUUGUUAUGGUAACGAGGGGCUGAGCAGACGCGGCCUAAGGUGGAACGGGUGGGGCGGGUACUGGCGGCGAGAUGUGACCGGAUUGAGGAGCUCAGCGGCGGCAUGAUUCGCAGAUACCGUCGGAAGCCGGUGUGUAACACGCUGGAAAUAUGUUGUCUGUUGCAAUCUAACUCAGAUAACCAUCCACUGCCAGACAAGCAAGCAGAGUAUUCAGCUCCUUCACCCAUCACCAGCACUGAGGAUGCAGAUUCCAUCUCCAGUAGUGAAUCCAAGAUUUCUGAAGUUACCUACAGCCAUCUCUUGCUGGCUGAUGGCGGGCAUCCUUGGUCUGCAGUGAACAGUUACACGGAAACCAGACUCUCCACAGCCUGCAGCUCUACCUUCUCCUGGGGUGACAAUGAAUUUGAGACUGCAGCCUCACAGCAAGUUCAACAAAUGUUCUUUGAGAUUGAUGAAUUACUGUUUGAAGAGAAGAAAUGCUUGCAUGUACAAAGACUGGAGGCAGAAUGCCAGGAAUGGAAAUGCAAUUUUCCACAUUUUCGAGUUUUGGGGACACAGAUAGCAGCUCCUGUUAAUGAAGCCUAUGGUUGGUAUCCUGGCCGAGAGGAGGGUAAAACCUUACAGCCAAUUUCCUGUCCAGGUUCCAGUACUGCCGUGAAUGAACUUUGUCUCAUAGGCGAAAGUGCAAUUUUCUCAGGACUUCCUCUGUGUAAAGGAAAUGAGUUCAUGCAGAAGACUGCCAUGCUUCCCUGGGAGGGAGAGGAGGAGGAGGAAGAGCCAGAGGAUAAUGUAAUCAUUGCAGAAGGCAUAGUGGAGGACUAUCUGGCACUUCAUUUUAAAGAUCAGGAAGAUGACUGCUUUGAGACGAGGUUGGAUCGUUCCUUACAAUACAAAUGUAGAAGGAGUCUGCCUCCAAUUUCUCCAAAUCACUGCAGAAGGGAUGCUAUUGUGACAGAGCUCUUUGAUGAGGUGUGGCUGGAGCUUGUGGGCUGUAUGGAGGACCUGAUUCGUAAGCACUGGCAUUACCAUGUUUCAGAUGAAGAAAAGAAUAUUUCUCCAAUUGAAGAUACAGGAUACGUCCCUUUCAAUUUCCUUCUGCCUCCUGUACCACAGGUUCGGCAGACACAUAGUGAGAUGGUACAGACAAGGCUAAGUAGUUUGCAUAUCCAAAGUAUUCCAUUUAGUCGUGGAAACCCUUUAGUGCCUAAGAAAAUUAAGGGUUCAGAUGAGAGACCCGUCCAGCGGCCAUAUUCAAGCAACCACUCAGCAAACCGAUUUCCUUCAAACCACCUGAGAGAACAUAGUAUUUACUCUCUGUCCCAGCCAGUCCGUUCUGCACAGAGACGAAAUGCUCCUCGGACACUCCACCCAUUACAUUCCAGUUUAUCCCACUCCAGAACUCCAGUUGGAUUUAUCAAUGAAGCGGUGCAUGGAAUAGGGCUACAGAGUGCAAGGGAUUGCCUGUCUGCCUCAACUCAGUUUCACAGGCACAAUACUUUACUUCCACCAAUCGGCACCACUGAUUUUGGUCAUUCUGCUGCAAAGUUAUCUGAACAACCACAGAAAUCACAAAUACAUUCAAAUCGAACUCAGAGUGCAAUUAUCAAUGAAACAAGCCACCUACCUCCAAGAGACAGAUACGUGGGGAACAAAAACUUCACAAGGCCUAAAACCACACACACAUUUCAGACUGGAGUCCUGUUAAUACAGAAUGGAAUUAACACAGAAUAGAAUCAGAAUGGAUUAUGAAAGGAAGAUCACUUUUGACCAAUCUACUGGAGUUACCCAAGGAUGGGAUUCAAAUAGAUGAAAGGGAUUUGGAUUUGGAGGCCCAUUUGAAUUUUUGUGAGG